UUUUUUAUCCUGCCGUUCCCAAAAGACACGGCGCGCGCGCUUCGACUCCAGGUACAACGCACGAGAGCGCUGAGACGAUCACUUCCAAGAGUCUUCUUCUCUCCCCCUCCACCAAACAAGGCCUGCAGCACAGCUCUACAGACCACCAUGAGUUACUAUAUGGAUCCAGUUUCAUCCUACCAGCUUCAUCACCCAACUGACCAUCUGGGUGUGAUGAGACAGACUGGUGGGAUGGCGGUGUCUAUGGUAACGCAGAGUCAACUCCCUGGGAUGUGCCACCCCCAGCACGCACCCCCUGCCAGAACUGCAUAUGCCCAUGACAUCACGCUGCAGGAAGUACCCAAUGGCCCAGAGUUCUGCCCUAAUGAUCUGGAAUGUGGAGAUGUUCCGCUACUGACUCCAGGGAGCAAAGAGAUGAUGUCGCAGGCACUGAAAGCCACCUUCAGCGGCUUCACCAAGGAGCAGCAAAGACUCGGCAUCCCUAAAGACCCCCGGCAGUGGACAGAAGGUCACAUUCGAGAAUGGUUGUUGUGGACAGUGAACGAGUUCAGUUUGAAGAGCGUGGAAUUCCACAAGUUCUGCAUGAGUGGAGCCAAUCUUUGCGCACUGGGCAAGGAACGCUUUCUAGAACUGGCACCCGACUUUGUAGGGGACAUCCUGUGGGAGCACUUAGAGAUGAUGCAGAAAGAGGAUCUGAAGCAUUUCCCUGUCAACGGCAUAAGCUCAGGUUUCCAGGAAUCUCGCUAUACCUCAGACUACUUUGUCAGUUACGGCAUCGAACACGCUCAGUGCGUCCCUCCUUCGGAGUACUCGGAGCCAGGCUUCAUCACAGAGUCCUAUCAGACCCUGCAUCCGAUCAGCUCGGAAGACCUGCUGUCACUGAAAUACGAGAACGAAUACACCAACGUCAUUCUGCGCGACACACCGCUCAACCCACUUCAGGGCGACUACUUCCCUGUCAAACAGGAAGUGUCACCUGACAACAUGUGUGUGGGUCGUAUCAGCAGAGGGAAACUGGGAGGCCAGGACUCGUUCGAGAGCACCGAGAGCUUUGAGAGCUGUGAUCGUCUGACACAGUCAUGGAGCAGUCAGUCGUCGUUCAACAGUCUGCAGCGCGUCCCCUCCUAUGACAGCUUUGACUCAGAGGACUAUCCCACAGCCCUGCAUGGCCACAAGCCCAAAGGCACGUUCAAAGACUACGUCCGCGAGCGCUCCGAUCUCAGCAAGGACAAGCCGGUCAUCCCAGCUGCUGCUCUCGCUGGCUACACAGGUAGUGGACCCAUUCAGCUGUGGCAGUUUUUGCUGGAGCUGCUUACAGACAAAUCCUGCCAGUCGUUCAUCAGCUGGACAGGAGACGGCUGGGAGUUCAAACUCUCCGACCCUGACGAGGUGGCACGGAGAUGGGGCAAGAGAAAGAACAAGCCCAAGAUGAAUUACGAAAAACUGAGCCGUGGUCUGCGCUACUACUACGACAAGAACAUCAUCCACAAGACAUCAGGCAAGCGCUAUGUCUACCGUUUCGUGUGUGAUUUAAAGAGCCUUCUGGGAUACACACCUGAGGAGCUGCAUGCCAUGCUGGAUGUCAAACCCGACACGGAUGAGUGAAAGAACAGUCCGGGAGUACCGGGGCAAAGAGACUUUCCUCCCUUAUCCUCACAUCAGUGGGUGUUUAUUUUGGGUCCAACCAAGUCCCGUCUUCAUACCUAGUCAUGGUUUCGGUCUUGUUUUGAACUCGUGACUGCAGCUAUCGCAAAAAAAAAAAGGACCCAUUUCAAACGUUACCAAAGUUCAUAGUCUGUAGUGUGUAUCAUAAUUCAGCGCUGACCAGAAAACAGUGCGCUUUCCUACGGAGCCACCAUUUUGACCCAAGAGCACCUAAAAACAGACUGCUAGAGAGGGAUGGGACUAGGAAAGAAUGAAGGACUUGUUCCUAAAGUGGACAUUGUAUGGAUGGAAAGUUUCAUAAAUAUGUUGCCAAAGUUACAGCAAAAAUGGAACUUUACAGAAAUACAAAAAUAUUUCCUAUUAAUUUACUGUUGCUGUCUCCGAGUCCUCAAAGUGGACCUCACAAAAAUGAUUAAAGUAUUUUAUUUUUUAUUAUCAUUUUUUUUCUUUGAUAUGUUUGUGCCAGUAUUACUUAUUUUAUUUUUUUUACAAUUUGUAAAUGAAGGAUCGUACCAAAAUGUGUUUUUUCCUUCUCUUCCCCAUGCGUGUAAAGUAGGCUCUUCACGUACAAGUCGCAUAACUGAAAUCUCAGAAGGCGAGACCAGAGACUGCUGUUUUACUCAUGCGUUCAGUUAAAAGAAAAGCCUCUCACUCAAACCGAGAACGGGUGACAGACACGACCGAAAGUAGCCGUUUUUUCUGCUCAAGGGCGGCAAGCUGUGAACACACAACCGCCCUCGACUUAUGGGCAGGAGUGUUUCGCUUCUUAGCGAGCACAACUCAGGCAGCUGUUAAACACGGCUCGUCUCAGAUCACCUUUUUUCUAAUCUUUAACAUUCAAACAAAGGACUUCAAGCAUCUCUUUGCCUUAGUUUUGUGUUUUUGUUACCGCUCCUUUGUCAUCCGCCCUCAUGUCUUGUUUUGUCUACGCCGUCCUUUGAGAGCACGUGUAAUGUAAAUGCAUCUGUAACCUUGCUGCCUGUCAUGAGACAAAGUGAAGGGGUGCAGAAAGAGCACAAUAGAAAUGUCAUUUAACUGAUUUUAUGAGAUGAGAUGCAGAAAACAGGCUUCCUGAUCAGCUGGGACCAAAUUUGUGUCUUUUGUUUUAGUGUGUCUAAGGACAUAUGGCUGAAUGUAAUAGUGAUCUUAGCCAUAAGCCUGACGCAGGAGUUAGUGAUCACUGAAGUGAAGGUUGUGUGAGUGAUUUGGGCAUAGGAUGGUAUUGGACAAUGUUGAAUAGGCAUAGGAAAGUAGGGAUGUAACAGUUUCAGACUGUUUUAAGAUUGACAUGGGUGCGUUACGUUCAAGAAAUGGCCAGUGAUGCUACAGAAGUAGUGGCAGCUUUAGAUCUGAAUAGCAUUAGCCCAGACAAUGUGCUGAACGAUAAAUACAGCUAAAUACAACCAAACAAAUUACACAAAUAAUCUAAAAUGUAUUAAAAGGCUAUAAGUAGAAAAGAAAAACACAACAGAUCAUGCUGUUAUAAAAAAAAAAUAUAUAUAUAUAUAUAUAUAUAUAUAUAUAUAUAUAUAUAUAUAUAUAUAUAUAUAUAUAUAUAUAUAUAUGGGGGUUUCGUGAUUAGCCUAAUAUAAAGCAUUAUUUUUUCCAAUAACUGCAUGUCCUGAAAGUCUUUUAUUCCUCUCAUAACACAGGGAUAUACCCUCAGGGGAAAAUAUUUAAAAGAAUCUUUUCAUUUAAGGUCAUAGCAGCAAGAACCAUUCCCUCGCCAGGCUGUGGAGAAUUGUUACCGGAAAAAGUUUGUCGUUUUACAGAGAAAACCCCAAAGCACAAAGAUGUCGCCUGGCAGAAAAACCUGACUGCUGCAAAGCACUAACACUGGAGACUCCUUCCAUUCACGUCAAAUAAAUUUCUCCUUAUGGAAAGUAAUACCAUAUUCGGUUGAAAUCAUUGUCAUUAGAUAUAGAGAAUCUGAAUGAAAAAAUCUCUGUGUGUAGAAGCACAGCUGGAACGACACGCCGAGCUGCUGUUAUAACAAAUUCAAUCAACACCUUCUGACCAAACUAAAGCCACAUUUUAACAGCAUUAGAGUUUAAAACUCUGUUUUAAACCUGUUGCUAGCAGUGCAACUCUGGCUUUUUUUAGCCUUUCAGUAUUGUUUUGUGUUCAGCUUAACACAUGGGCCUUGUGGGUAAAAAGAAAUUCUGAAGUAAGACGCCUCAUUAACACAAUGUUAUUGUUUACAGUGAUAUGCUUGGCUUUCUGCCUCGAUGGGUUUGAUGUUAGAAGAAUUCAGUCUUUUUUGUACGGAUUGUGUUUCCAAAACGUUUUAUUACACGACCCAAAAUGAACAAAUAAGCCACUAAUACAGCAGUAAUAACAUCAAUCUGUGUGUGAGGUCUCCAAGCCGAAUGAAUUUGCUGUUGAGGGACCAAACCCAACAUUCCAGUCAUUACUCUUUUUGCUUCAAUGUUGUCCUGAUGCAUUGACUAUGAAUUAAUUUGGGUAAAAGCAAGUAAAAAAACUGCUAAAAUAAAAGACGUUUCGAAGGUUGUUGAGAUCCCGGAUCUAUCAUGGAAAGGAGAUGGUUCAUAGAUAUAGUUUUAUGUUAAGAAGGUGUCACAUGGCAAUGUUGUAAUCUUGUUUCCUUAACUCCUGCUUCACAAUGUCAGAAAAUAACUCGGUAUUAUGUUACUGUCUUUAUUUUGUGCUUUACGAAGCAAAUGUCUGUAAAUGUCAAGUAUAUUCUUUCGAAGGACAUAAAAACGUCGAACAUCUGUCUCAAAAGCUGUUUUGAUUCACAUGUGCAAAAAAAUUGUGAUGAGGGCAAAUCACAAAACCAUUAAUGAGGAAACUUUUUUUAUUUUUUUAUUCAGUUGUUCUUUUUUGUACAUUUUAUAGUGUUUCUGUAUUUUUCUUUUUUUUUGUUAAAUGAAAAUUUUAAUGUAUUUAGUUCAUAAACAUUUGAGUAUUUUUCAAUAAUUUAUAUUUUAUAAACUUUAAAAAUACGAGACGCAGACAGCUGGUGCUUUCAUGGAAAAAAGAAAUUGAGGUUGAGCAUGACCAAAUGUAGCGAUUUUUUUUUCUUUUUUUUUAUACAGAAAAAGAAGUUGAUAUGAAAUUUAAAGACCUGUCUGCAUAUACAGUUAUAUAAAGAAAAGGCUGAUGCUGGCCCAUCAUUAAGUUCUGCCGGAGAGUUUUAUAAAUGGUAUCUUCUAUUUCUUAUUGUACUUCAAAAUUAUGUUAUAAAAAUGUACAUAAAAAAAUCA